GUUUACACGCUCCUCACCGCCGCCGCGCGCGCGCGCGCGGCGAAAAAUAGCAUCGUGUCGUGUGGACGCGCGUCACGACGUGAGUUGCGUCACGGGAUAUGUUAUCGCGCUGAUCGCCGAAGCGUCGUCCCUCUUCUCCACCGCGGUGACGAAAACCGGAUCUCACGCGAGCGAAGAGACCGGCGACACGCGCGAAACCGAGGGGGGAGAUGGUCGACGAACGUCGCCCCGGUUGUCCCCGCGGCGCAAUCGCCUCGCCUAACCUAACCUAACCUAACCUCGCGCAGGGGCUGCGCUGCGCGUUGACGUGGUCUCCACGUCUCCCGGCGGGAGUCCCGAGAUACUCGCGCGGAUCCCCGUCGGAUCGGCCCGAAAAUGCCGAGUAUCCUGAAGAGCAGCGUGGAGAAUGCCUCGUUCAGCAUCGUGUUUCAGAUAUUCUGCCGGUGCGUCACGUUUGUCCUGAACGCAUUCGUCGUCCGUCAUGUGGGCCAGGCGGUCCUGGGCGUCAUUAAUGUGAGGCUGCUCUUGCUGGAAUCUAUGAUACUGUUCUUGUCGCGCGAGCCAUUCGUGAAAGCAUGCCUGACUAACACGGCGGAGCACAACUGGGCCCAAGUUGUGAAUCUACUUUGGCUAACAGUGCCCAUAUGCGUUGUGAUGUCCCUCCUGUUUGGAUACAUUUGGUUGUUCUUGCUGUCCACCGCGGAGGCGUUGCCGCCGUACUACACGUUCGCAGUCUGGUCGGUCGGACUGUCGUGCGUCAUAGAACUGUCUUCCCUGGUCGUUCAGUUAGUCUCGAGCGCGUUCCUUUUCGUUAGGCUUAAAAUAGUCCUGGACACGAUCAUGAUCGUCAUUCGCACGAUGACGUUUGUCCCGCUGAUACUGUACCACCCGGAGAACGCGUUGCUCGCAUUCGGCAUCGCUCAGCUUGUCGCGGCAGUGUUCUACACGACGAGCCACUACGCGUACUUUCACCGUCACAUCGAGAAGCUGAACAAGUGCUCGCAGAAGCGGAGGAUGUCCCUGAGAGACGGCAGCGACGAGUACGUGAUAAGGGAGUUUCCCUUCCGCGCGAUAACGGACUUUCUACCCGGCCGGCUGGAAAACAACGAUUCGUAUCUUGAUAGGAAGUUAAGUGUUCUCACGUGGAGCUUCUUUAGGCAAGGAAUACUGAAGCAGAUCUUGACGGAGGGCGAAAGACUGAUCAUGACUAUAAUGCCAGUAUUGACGUUCACAGAACAGGGUAUCUAUGAGAUCGUGAACAACAUGGGCUCGCUAGCUGCUAGAUUUAUUUUCCGUCCAAUCGAGGACAGUGGAUACUUUUACUUCACGCAGAUAGUGAAGAGGGACAAAACGAUAUCCGAUCAGAAUCCAGCGAUGGUGCAGGAGAGCGUGAACGUGCUGACACACUUGUGCUCCAUCGUCACGUGCAUCGGCCUGGUCGUCCUGGUAUUUGGUCAGUCCUACUCGAGCACGUUGCUCUGGCUGUACGGUGGCUCGAAGCUGACGCUACCCCUGCCCGUACUCCUGCUGAGGACCCACUGCCUCGCCGUGUUGCUGCUGGGCAUCAACGGCGUGACCGAGUGCUACACCAACGCGACAGCCGACAGCGCGACGAUAAACAAGAGCAACGUGAUCAUGGUCUAUCAGUCGGUCGCGUUUCUGGGCGCGUCGUACCUGUUCGCCACCUGGUUCGGCUCGGUCGGCUUCAUCCUCGGCAACUGCGUCAACAUGAGCCUGAGAAUCAUACACUCGGCGAUAUUCAUCCACAGCAGGCACCGGGACACGGUCUAUCGUCCGCUACGCGGACUGGUACCGAAGCCCAUGUUCUCCGCGUGUCUACUCGUCGCGGCGUUCGUCACCAAUUUGUCACACACCUACUUCUUCCCGGCUGAAAAAGCGUUGCACCUACUGAUCGGCGUAGCGAUGUUCACGAUCGUACUUGCGUCCUGGGUAUAUGAGAAUGCCGAGUUAAUCAAGCUCGCCACGAGCAAGUGGUACGAGAGAAGAAGCAAACAAAGAAAGAGCGACUGAUCCCCGAAGCCUCGUGUACUGUAAAUUACUUUAUUUAUGAUGUGUACAAAUCAACUACAGAUUCAUCGCGAGAUCUUGUAAAAUGUGAAAAGGUCAUAUAUAAAUGGUUAUUUUUUUUUUACAACU